AUGAAUCAAGGAGAAAUAAUGAAAAACAUGGAUAAUGUAUUUAAAUAAUUAACAAAUAAUUUCAAUGAAUUAAUAAGUAGAGAAUAGCUACUGAGAUUUCUAGACUAAAAAUGUACAUAAUUAUAUGACAGAAUAAUCUUUGAACAAUUGUAUUCAAGAAUGCCUAAAGGAAUAAAUGGAUAUGUUUCAGUAAUGGAUUUUAAAAAUAUUGUACUUUAAGCGUAUUAAACAUUAACAAGUAAAAUUAAUCAAUCAUCUACAUUAAUGGAUUAAAAGAAAAAGUAAUAUUUCAUACAUUAAUUAGUGAAUUGAAUUAGAUAUCAAUAAAAUUGAAAUAAUUGACGAAUACAGAGAGAUAUAAUAAUUACAAUAUUAGUUUAUAAAGUACAUUAACAAUUUAAAUAUUGGAUGGGAUAGUGGAGUUUCCUGGAAAUUCUUUAGUUUUUAUAAAGAUAGGAUGUGAUGAAAUUAUUUAUCAAACAAAAUAUGUAAAUAGAAAUUCACCUUAAUGGGGUGAUACUUUUACUUUUCCUAUAUAAUCUGGUUAAGAGGAGAUAUGGCUUGCUAUAAUGGAUGAGGAAUCAGCUAAAAAUAAAUAAAUAGGUGGGUAAGUAUAAUUGUAGUUGAAAGAAUUUUAUGAUUAAAAAAUCCAUCAGGAAGAACUAAUUUUUAUGAAUGAACUUAAUACUGUUAGAUCAGCUGUUGUUAAGGUUUCAAUUUAAUGGAUACAUUCUUAAGUAUUAAAACAUAAGUAAUUAGACAAAAUAUCUAGAAUAAGAAAUUUUAGAAACAUAAUAAUAAAUCUAAGAACUUAAAUUUGAUAUAGAUGAGUAUAACAAUGAUAUUAAUGCAAUUUUCUAACCUUUUCAAUAAUAAAAUACAAUAGAUCCAUUAUAUUAAUUAGAAUAAAGUUAAAAGUAACAAUUAAGUGUAAAUUAAAUUUAUUCAACUCAAUAAAACUAUUCAGUAGAGCCUCCUAAAUAAAAUACCGAAAUAACUCCAAAUUAAUGGUUAAGAAUAAGUUUGAUACUAACACUUAUGUUUUUAGUAUCAACUAUUGCAGAAUCGUUUAUAAAGACUCAAUUUUUGGAUGUAUUAAUCAGAUUCAUUAGAUUAGUUUCUAAUUUUAUUUUACAGUUUAUGGUUUUACAUGAACAAUUUUGAAUUGCAAUCUUUAUUGCACAUAAAAAUAAUGACAUUUAUGUACAUUUUGUCUAUUAUUUAUGAUGGCUUUUGGUUAUUUAUUUAUUUUAAACCAUAUUUAAAAAAUGAGGUCAAAUAUGAUCACCAAGAAGAUACAUUUCAUUAAUAUACAGUAGUUCUUUGUAUUUUGGUUCUCAUUGAAAAAGUAAUUUUUAUCAUAAAAUUUUAGCUAUUUAUAAUACUUUCCUAUUUCAAACUAUAUUUAAAAAGUCCAAAUGCAAGAUAAAAUAUAUUUGAUGAAUAAUAUGAGAUUUGUUUUGGAUCAUAUUAUCAAAAUAAACUAGCAGAGAGCCAAAAAUAAGCACAAUACUCUAGUAAAGUUAUAAGACAAGGAACUCCAAAUAUAAAGUAUGUUUAUCCUUUAUAACAAUAAUCAUAAAGUUAAAGAUAAAAAUACUCUAUUAGAUAUGUUCAAUGA